GAGGUUUCAUCACAUCAGUGCCUUCACAAGCACCACUAAUAAUUGCAUUAUGAACAUAAUGAAUCUGAUGCACAGCUCCGCUGAAACACAAAUCUAUUGCGAUUCGUCCCCGGGGCCGCGGUGAUUUACUUCCAGCGUGACGUGACAGAUUGUAAUGGAGUCACAGUCGGGCAAUUAGUCAACCUUAAUAUAAAACCACAUGUGAGCUGUUGGGUGUCGUCUUUAUCUGUGAAUCGCCACUGCAGCGUUUAAUAUCUCUCUCUCUCGUCAUAACACACGCUCAGCUCUUAAACGACCGUCUAUUAUUCUCCAAACACUCUAUUAAUACUGUCCCGAUAUGUUUACUCAGCCUCUAAAAAGACGGCCGCGUCUUUGUCUCCGAGCCCAGCCCAGCCUUGCCUUCUCAUUUCCAUUUUGAUUCACGACAGACAAAAACCGGACUUGCCCUUUUGUAUGACGAACACACAAGUAACACAUACGACGUUCGUUUAAAGUUAAUGAAAGAGCUGUUAAUCAUACAGAAGCAGGAUGUGGUUUGUGUGAGCGGCGGUGACUCCCAUCUAAAUCACAGAACUGUUGUACUUCGAAGACAGCUGACUGGAGGUCUCGGUCUGAGUAUCAAAGGGGGAGCUGAACAUAAAGUGCCUGUGGUCAUCUCAAAGAUUUUCAAAGAUCAAGUAGCCGAUCAGACGGGGAUGCUGUUUAUCGGCGAUGCUGUGUUGCAGGUCAAUGGCAUUAACGUGGAGAAGUGUACACACGAGGAAGUCGUUCAUCUUUUGCGGACGGCAGGGGAUGAAGUCACCAUCACUGUACGCUACCUCAGGGAAGCGCCGGCCUUCUUAAAACUCCCAUUAGGUUCACCCGGACCGUCCAGUGAUCAGAGUAGCAGAGCGUCCUCGCCGCUUUUCGACAGUGGUUUGCAUUUAAAUGGGAACUCGAGCAACACGGCCCCGUCGUCGCCCUCCUCACCUUCGGCUAAUGAACCAAAGUAUGAGAAGCGCUGGCUGGAUGCCGUCAGCCUCCCUCUGUUCAUGGCUCGAAUCUCUCGACGCAAAGCUGGAACCGACAAAUUAAGAUCGAACAGUUUUGAAGUCAUUGCCUUAGAUGGAGUUUGCACGCACGUUCUUCAGUUUUGCACUGCAGCUGAAAGCACAGACUGGCUUCAAGCAAUAUCAACCAAUAUCAACGAUUUGACCCAGGAGAGCAUAAAAACGGCGAAUAAAUACUGUUCUCCUGAUGAUCAGAUUGUCCACAUGGGCUGGGUGUGUGACCACCUGCAGGGCGGCGACGUCGAGCUCGUUCACAGCUGCAGGUUCCUGGCGCUGAGAGGAUCUUCUCUCCUCGUCUUCAGGAGUCCUCCUAUCUUGGCAUCAGACUGGGCUCAAGCAGAGGCUAGUUUUCACCUCUGUGAGGUUCUCUUUAAGGUUCAUAAGCUGUGGAUAGCUGAAGACUGCUGGAUUCAGACCAAGUUUUAUCUGGGGCUCCAGCAGGACGGUGAGCUGCGGGACAGUGAACCCUUCUGCUUCAGUGUGCUGGUGGGUCACGGCCAGAGCUUCUGCUACAGCGUGGAGCUGGGCUCAGAGCUGGUGCUGUGGGAGAAAGCCUUCCAGAGAGCCGUCUUCAUGGAGGUGCAGAGAGUCCGGUCGAAGAGCUACAUGUGCAGCAGUCAAGGGAAGAUCCUGUGCUUCACACUCGACUUCGAGUCGGGCUUCUCCUGCUCCGACAGCAUCUCAAAGAAAACCAUCUGGAAAUACAAAUUCUCCCAGCUGAAGGGUUCAUCGGAUGACGGCAAGACACGAGUGAAGCUCCUGUUCCAGAAUUCAGAGAAUAAACAGAUCGAAAUGAAGGAGCUGGAGUUUGCUAAUCUGACGGCUGUGCUUCACUGCAUUCACUCGUUCAUCGCUGCUAAAGUGGCCACGGUGGAUCCCGUCUUUGUCAACAAUCAAAGUCUCACUCAGAAGUACAUGUGCAGCAGCUAGAAACAUCCGUGUGUGACCAACAUGUACAAUCUCAUCUGGUUCUCUGAUUUUAUGCACAAUAUAUCUAGUUCUUGUUAUUUUUGUACGAAUCUUCUAAAUUUAGAGCGACGUUUAAGGAGCACUUUGAGUAGACGAUAUUUUGACAUGCUUUGAGUUAUGAUUUCUUUCCUACCU